ACCAAAUCCAAUCCCAGCAAAUUAAAUUUUAUGUGCUCAGGAGCAGCUGUUCUUGUUCCCUGUGAAAUAUGAUCAUGGCUUCAAGGGCUAUUAAACUAUGGAGGUCCUUUGCUCGUCCUGCCGCCGCGAACCGCGGAUUUGCGACGGCGACGGAGCCGAGGAUGAAGGCGUAUUGGCCCACGGCUAGUUUUUUGAGCCAUGGAGAGCAGCAUGCAAGCAAGUCCAACAAGGCGGAGUUUGUACCUGUGUACGUAGCUCUAGGCCUAAUCGCGUUGUCAGUCUCCCUCGGUCUGUUCACCGCGGAGCACCAGAUCGCACACAACCCUUCAGUCCGAGUCAGCAAGAAGCGGCGUGAGGAGAUACCCGAGAUAACGGAUCCGGAUCGGGUCGUAAGCGAAUCCGACCAGCUCCUUAACAGGUCUUUGUUUCGCAAAGUGGUGGUGGUCUAUCGUGACGCUGUCACGCACGCGAAAUAG